UUUAUUCAUGUGGCAGAUAGAAAAUAUAUUGUUUUUCACUUGGUUAGUUUGGUCACGAUAGAAAUAUAGCGAACUUUAUUUAAUUGAUAAACCAGAAUCGUGGUUUUGUACCCGCCUAACAUUUAAAGCAUACGACGGACAAAACCACAUAUUGAAUUAUUUUUCUUUUCAACUCUUUAUAUUAGUGAAUAUUAAAUAGACAAAUACGAUUUUUCUUUGAUUUAAAAGCCGUGUUUAUAGAAGGAGAUUGUAAAGACGUUGUUGAAUUCAAGUUACUAUGGCAAAAUCGUUCCAAAAUGUCCCGCGGGAGGGAGCUACAAGUACCAAAUACAACAUGGUGACCAUUGCGACGCUCUGACUAAAGCUAGAACAACGUUGUCACUUGGUGAAGCUUGACACUAUGGAAUUUACGCUGCUAAAAAGUUUCUGGAUUUUAUGUAACGUUUUCCAACUUGUAGAACCUCAAGCUACACCGGAAAUUACACCGCAGAAAAUUCCAGAUGAUCUGGCCGAGGGCCAGAGAUUGUCUGUGAUGUGCUCGGUGAGAUCGGGUACCCCACCCAUAUCGUUUUCCUGGUUAAGAAACGGAAUCGCUAUCGGAAGUUUAUCCGGAGUAAAAAUAGUUCAUUUCGACGAUUUUCAAGACCAACUGCAAAUCGAAAGUUUAUCGGUGGAACAUGUUGGCAAUUACACAUGCAACGCCAAAAAUCUUUACGGGACUGAUCAUAUGUCAGUUCAAGUGGUAAUGAAAUUUGCACCUAGGUGGGCGACUACAGACCAUGCGAAACUCGUGACUGGUGUGGCGGGGGAAACUGUUCUCGUGGACUGUCGUGCCAUUGGUCACCCAUUACCUACAAUCAGAGUGAUUAAAGGAAAUCGCAAUCUUCUUUCAGCUGGACGAUACCGCCUAGAAUCGGGAGUUCUAAUAAUAUCUAGGGUAGAGGCCACCGACAAGGGCGAAUAUACUUGUUCUGCUGAAAAUCCUAUGGCGAAAAUCCAGAAAACAGUAUCGGUCAUUUUAAGUGGAGCUCGUACUAUUCUAUCUGCAGAACGUUACCAAGAGGAUUCGAACCGAUUUGCGGUUCGUAAAAUAAAGACCAACAGAAAGAGCGAAUGUCUGUAUUGCUCCCGCAGGCAAAAUUCAAUGAACAGUUUUUACCUGUCUUAGUAACAAAGUUAUAAUUCAUUAACCUCUCGCAAAC